AAUCAGAAGUUUCUGUAUUAGCCACUUGGUUAGCAGCUUUCCUUUUUUUGGGUAAAGAGUUUGACUCUAAUGAGACGUUUAAUUUUGUUGCUUGUGCUGAGGUGGUUGAUUGUGAUAAUAUAGUUAAGGUGUUUGAAGUUGUUGAUUUUUGCUGCAACGAAGUUCGAGGUGAAUUGGUUGAUAUUUCAUUAUUGCUCGUUGCAUGUUGUUCGGCCAAUGAUCAUUUGGGUUGGCGCAAAGAACUAAGAUUAAAGGAUAUAUGUGUAUAA